AUGGGUGCACCUGCUCCGGCUCAGCGGCGUCGAGGAGGGCCUCGAGCCGACCGGAGCCACGAGCUCCAGCAGCACGUGGGCAGCCUGUCGCCGGCCGAGUUCCGGCAGCGGCUGUGGGACUUCGUGCUGGCGGACCACCCGGACGUGCUGGUGCUGCGGUUCCUGCGGGCGCGCAGGUGGGAGGUGGCGAGGGCGGUGGCGAUGCUCGCGUCCGCGCUCAGCUGGCGGCACGCGCAGCAGAUCGACGAGGUGGUCGUGGGGUGCGGCGAGAGCGCGGCGCUGGCGCCCGACGACAAGGCCGCCCUCGUCGCGCAGUACCGGGCCGGCAAGGCGUACGUGCGCGGGGCCGACCGCGCGCGCCGCCCCGUCUUCGUGAUCCGCGUUCGCCUGCACGACCCGAAGCUGCAGCCGGCCGCGGUCAUGGAGCGCUUCGUGCUGCACAGCAUCGAGACCAUGCGCGCCAUGCUGCGCUACCCCCGCGAGAAGGCGUGUCUCGUCUUCGACCUGACCGGCUUCGCCCUGCGCAACAUGGACUUCUACGUCGUCAAGUUCCUCGGCAUCUGGAAGAUCAUCCGGCCGUGGCUGGACCCGGUGAUCGCGUCCAAGGUCCACUUCACGAGCGGCCCCCGCGAGCUGGCCCGCUUCAUCGCGCCCGACAACCUGCAGCUGUGCUACGGCGGGCAGGACGCGUGGGAGUUUACGUAUGUGGCGGCGGCAGACGCCAGCGAGAACGACCGCAUGCGCUCCGAGAAGAAGCACGCCGUGCGCGCCGAGCGCGACGCCCUCGUCCGCCGCUUCGAGCAGCUGUCGGCCGAGUGGGCCGGCGGUGCCAGUGCCACGCACGAGGAUUGUGUUGUGCCGCCGGAGGCUGAUGUCAACGCCCGUGCCGCUGCUGAUGUCGACGUUGAAGCGGCUCGGCGCAAGGUGGCUGCCGAACGCCGCAACGAGCUCGCUGGUCAGCUGAGGGAAAGCUUCUGGAAGCUUGGCCCGUAUGUUCGUGCCAGGACGUAUUACCACCGCGUUGGAGUUAUCGGGCCCGCCGGCGAGGUGGACUACAAGGCGGCCCCAUAG